AUGAGUUACGUCGCUAAGGACAAGGAGUACGACGCAGCAGGCGCUGUUCCCGCUGCCAAAAUUCAUAAAAUUCGUAUAACUUUGACGAGCAGCAACGUCAAGAACUUGGAAAAAUUCUCUGCCGAUCUCAUCAACCGUGCAAAGGACAAGCAGCUCCGUGUCAAGGGCCCUGUCCGCCUCCCCACCAAGGUCCUUAAGAUCACCACUCGUAAGACUCCUUGCGGUGAGGGUUCGAAGACCUGGGACCGCUACGAGCUCAAGGUGCACAAACGUCUCAUUGAUUUGCACUCCUCCAGCGAAGUCGUCAAGCAGAUUACUUCUAUCAGCUUGGAGCCUGGUGUCGAGGUUGAAGUCACCAUCUCGGCUUAG